AUGACGGCCGAGGACAAGGAGAUCGGUGACCCCGCCACCUCGAUUGAAAACGUGACGGAACUUCACGAAUUCGAAAACAAGGAAGGGUACAUCAUCGACGCGACCGAUUCGGAGCAUGCCAACCUCAAGCGAGCACGCGAUGGUCAUACUAUCUUGCUUCCUCAGCCUUCAUCUGACCCCCAGGACCCCCUCAACUGGAGUUGGGCCAAGAAGCACUUGAUCCUGAUCAUCGUCUCAAUGACUUCCUUCCUCCCUGACUACGGCAGUGCCACCGGCGCGGUCACGCUGCUGCCUCAAGCUGCAGUUUGGAACAUGACUCCCGACCACGUCAACCAUUCGCAGGUGGGCAAUGUCUUCAUGUUGGGAGCUGGCGGUGUCGUUGUUGUUGCGCUCUCGGCCUACUUCGGCCGUCUCCCUGUUCUGUUCUAUUUCCUCGUUCUGGCCACUGCUACGGCAGUGUGGUGCGCCGCUGCGCAGUCGUUCGAGUCGUUUAUGGCCGCGCGUAUUCUGAAUGGAUUCUUCAGUACUGUCGCUCAAGGAGGCGGAUUGAUGUUCAUCUACGACAUGUUCUUCUUCCAUGAACGAGCCAGAAAGAUCAACAUAUGGGCCGCCUUUAUCAUUUUGUCGCCAUACUUUGGUCCUCUAUUUGCCGCUUUCAUCAUCAGCACGCAAUCCUGGAGAGUUCCAUUUGAAGUGUACAUUGCUGAGACUGCCUUGUGUCUGGUCCUGGUAAUCCUCUUCGUCGACGAGACAUACUACGACCGCCGAAUCCCAGCAUCAUCCCAGCCAGCACGCGGCAGCAGAGUCGCCCGUCUUCUCGGUACCGCACAAUACCGAUCUCGUGGUCUCCGCAACACUCUAGGCCAAGCACUUAUGCGUCCGGUCAAAGUCGCACUCAAACCCACGGUCUUCAUCUCGUGCUUCUACUACCUCCUGACCUUCGCAUGGGUAGUGGGCAUCAACACGACGCUCGCAAUCUUCCUUACUCCUCUGUAUAACUUUGGCCCUUUACAGAUUGGCUACUUUUACUUCACGCCCAUCGUGGCUGCUCUGCUAGGUGAGGUCUGCGGCCACUGGCUCCAUGACUUCAUCGCCACCAGCUAUAUCAAGAAACACAAGGGCCAGUUCGAACCCGAAGUCAGGUUGAAGGCCAUUUGGGUCUCGACGCCCUUCAUGAUUGCCGGUCUCGUCGGGUUGGGUUUUGCUCUGGAAGACGCCUUCCAUUACAUGGUCACCAGUGUCUUCUGGGGUCUGUACGUAUUUGGCAUCAUGAUCACCACGGUCGCCCUCAACGCCUACAACCUCGACAGUUACCCUGAGGCGUCUGGUGAAGUAGCUGCUUGGAUCAACUUUUGCAGAACGACGGGCGGAUUUAUUAUCUCGUACUUCCAAGUAACGUGGGCAAAUGCGCAAGGAACAAAGACGUCAUUUGGUAUCCAAGCUGCGAUUUGCGGCGGCGCCUUUUUGUUGAUUGUCCUCUUGCAGUGCUUCGGAAAGAGGUUGAGAGUCAAGUCUGGAGCGCUGAACUUCGCUACUGCUUGA